GCGUCCCUCCUCCCCUGCCCCUUUCUCUUUCCCGUGCCGAGCGAGCGAGAAACGUACGCCAGAAGAGCGGCGCGGCGCCAUCCCGAUCUCGCCAUUCGUCCCCCGAUGCGAUCUCGCCAAACCCUAAUCCCGCAGCUCCGGCCGUCGCCGGAGCCCUAGCGCCGAAUGCGGCAGUGACGCGCGGCGUGGGCUGGCACCACCGCUAGCGCGUGCCUCCGUGCGCCCGUCCGUCCUCCUUGCCGCGCCGAGCCAUGGGCGCCGCCGACAAGUGGCUCCUCCCGCUCGUCUCAGUCUCUUUCGUCUCGCUCCUGCUCUUCCUCUCUGCGCUCUCGGGUUUCUCCGCCUCCUCCACGCUCUUCGCCCGCCUCCCGCCGCCCUCAUACGUGCGCCGGGGAGCCGCCGCGCCGCCCUCCUUCGCCUACCUGCUCGCAGGCGGGCGAGGGGACGGAAGGAAGCUCCUGCGGCUGCUCCUGGCCGUAUACCACCCCAGGAACCGCUACCUGCUCCACCUCUCUGCAGACGCGGACGCGUCCGAGCGCGCCGAGCUGGCCGCGGCCGUCGCGCGCGCCGCCCCCGCCGUGGGCGCGUUCGGGAACGUCGACGUCGUCGGGCGACCCACCGCGGGCACCCCGAUGGGAUCCUCCGGCCUCGCUGCCACGCUCCGCGCAGCCGCCGCGCUGCUCCGGCUGGAUGCGGAGUGGGACUGGUUCGUCACGCUCAACGCCGCCGACUAUCCCCUUGUCACUCAGGACGACUUGAUUCAUGUCUUCUCCUCUGUGCCAAGGCACCUUAACUUCAUUGACCACACCAGUGACAUUGGAUGGAAAGAGUCUCAGAGAGUGCAACCAAUCAUAGUAGAUGCUGGAAUAUACUUGGCAGGGAGGAAUCAGUUCUUCCAAGCCACAGAGAAACGGGACACUCCUGAUAGUUUCAAAAUUUUCACAGGUUCUCCAUGGGUCAUUCUAAACCGACGCUUUAUAGAGUAUUCUGUGUUUGGUUGGGAGAAUCUCCCAAGAACCCUGCUCAUGUACUUCACAAAUGUGAUGCUACCUCUGGAAGGGUAUUUCCACUCGGUUGUAUGCAACUCGGAUUUCCGUAAUUUCACAGUGAACAAUGACUUGCGGUAUAUGGUGUGGGACAAUCCACCUCAGAUGGAGCCCCAUUUCCUAAACUUUACACAUUAUGAUGGGAUAGUGGGGAGUGGAGUGCCUUUUGCGCGGAAGUUUCGGGAGAAUGAACCUCUAUUGGACAAGAUUGAUGAGAAAGUACUUCGACGUUGGCGUCACAGACCUGUUCCUGGUGCCUGGUGCACAGGCAGAAGAAGGUGGUUCAGUGAUCCAUGUUCCCAGUGGAGCAACGUCAACAUUGUGAGACCUGGCCCCCAAGCUGAGAAAUUCCGCAGAUACAUGAAUCAGAUUUUAGAAGAAUCAAAUUCAGGCAACAACUCUUGCAGGCAAUAGCAGUACUGAAGCAUGUGGCUUCACUUUCCAUGGUUCAAGCGAGCAUUUCUCGUUUUGCACAGAGGGGCUCUCCAUAUCUGUAGAACUAUGGCUCUUCUCCUUCGGGAGUGAGCAUUUUUGCACCUGGGUUAUGAGCACACGGCCAAGGUGAAUGGAUCCUGAAGCACUGUUUCUGCAUCCCCCCCCCCCCCCGCCACCCCCCGGGCAGACCAAACCCUCCCACAUUAGGAUUUAUUUGGUUGAUCAAGCUUGAUCGAUUCCUCCUCUGAAACAAGAAGUUCUGGCCCGGGAGAACUGGGUUUACUCUUUCCAGAUUUUUUGGUAAUUGUCAUGGCUUCAAGGUCUCGUUGCAUACUACUUGGAAGCCAGAGAGCUUAGGGUGGGAAACUGGGAAUACGGAAGCUAAUAGGCAUUGUAAUUAGUAGUGAUCAGUUGGAUGACUUGUGCCUUUGUUUAUAGAACUUAUGGAAUUCUUGGUGCUACCAUACAGAAUUGCGAAAAAUGAAGAACGGGGAAUGCUGUUGUGGUUAAUAGAAUGCUUACAUAUUCUUUUUUCCUCCUGA